UUCGUUUGUUCGUUUACUAAAAAAAGAAAAGUAUAAUAAUAAUAAUAAUAAUAAUAAUAAUCAUAAGAAAUAGUAAUGGCUCAAUGCAAGUUAACCCCACGGGAGUUUAUCAGCAAUACCUUUUCCCCACAAAUUGCUGCAGUAUGCACAUCUGCUGCCGAUGCGACAUGUCAAAAAAAUAAUUUAUCAUUUGUUGAACUUUUGCAACCAUUCUGCAAGCUAAAUACCGAAGGACAUUUGAAGGAUCCACAAGGAAAUGUUAUAACUAUUAGAAAUCUUCGACUUUCUAUACAAGAUGUUAAUGCACAUCCCCCUGAACCCAGUGUUGCAAGGAAAAUGUUGAAUGAAGCUGUUAGUUCGUCCAUGUGCGAACGUACUACCGUUGUUCGUAUUGGAACCGUUGAUUUAGAUAUUCCUAUAUCCGUUCCAUGGUUCGAAGCAUGGAGAGAAAUGUUUCUUAGCGUGCAGUUUCCUUCGGAUCAUGAAUUUACAAGACACUUUUUGGCCUGUAUGAUUGUUGUUUCAACGGCAGAUGAUAAUCCUUUAGAGAAAGUACAAGCAAUGGGUUCGCAAUUACACCAAAGUAUUCCUGGGAAAUUACCAAAGUGGUUUAAUAACAAUGCAUUAAGAUAUUACAUUCUAAUACAUGAUGCCUUACUGGACGAUAAGAAUAAGGCAGAAACUGUUUUUACAGAGAUGAAAAAUAUUUAUGGUGCUAAUAAUUGUUUCCUUUUACAAAUGAAUUCACGACCGCCAGGACAAAUUGAUGACAAUUCACAUUUACCAGAUCCUUGGAGUCAAUUUUUAAUAAAACGUACAGAAUUAUCGAGCGGUAGCGAACAAAAUAGUUCACCACGUACUCCGGCAGACAUGGGAGGUGUAUCUGCUAUGCCAAAUGAAGUGACAACAGAGUCAGAAAAAUCGAGUCAAGCUGGAACACCGAUUGUUCAGCAAAACAAUGCAUUAGUUUCUCCAGAUGUAGCCGAUACAAUAAGCCUUUCUUCUGAAAUGUCAGAACCUACUACUAGCAAUGUGCAAUUAGAAGUUGGACAAGAAGCAGUUUCUGUAACUAUUCACCCCCUUAGUCCGGAGAAUGACAAGUUGCAUAAUAUUACUUCGACUGCUAAUAUUAAAGCUCAUAUAUCUAGUAAUUCACCAAUUAAUGCCAAUGUUUGGGCAGAUUCUCCAAAUUACAUUGCUGCACAACACGGUGCAAGAUUAUCUACGCAAGAUCUUGAAAGACUGAGAUCACUCGUAACAGAAUUUUGUUUGAAAAGUUUAUUUCCAUAUGUUGAGAAACAAAUAGGUUUAUUAAAUGACGUUAUUUCGAAUAAAAAGGGUGUUAGUAGAUCACUCUUUAGCGCAACAAGAAGAUUGUUCGGUACAAAUAAACCAGGAGCACCAGGAUCCGCUCCAUUAAAUGCUGUGAUUUAUACCGCAGAGUCUUCCGAAUUACAAUUGCGUCGUUUGGGUGAUUUGUCUUUUAUAUUUGGUCAUUAUUCGCUGGCUUAUCAAGCAUACCACAGCGCAAAACGAGAUUUUGCAAGCGAUCAAGCAUGGCUUUAUUACGCGGGUGCUCUAGAAAUGGCUGGUUUGAGCGCUUUCAUGCAAGGUGAAAUGAAUCGAAAAACAAUAGAGUACAUGGAUGAUGCAAUAUUAACUUAUUCAAAUAGUUGUAAGAUGCCCCAAUUUGCAACGAGAGCAACAUUGCUCAGCGCUGAGUGCUUGAAGGGCCGUGGAUUAUACGGGGAAGCAGCCAAACAGUUAAUACGUAUGACGUGCGAAGAUUCUGAUUUGCGUUCGGCUUUACUUCUCGAACAAGCUGCUUAUUGUUUUAUCGGUCCGAAAAUGAUGAGAAAGUAUGCAUUUCAUGCUGUCUUGGCUGGGCAUAGAUUUUCAAAAGCAGGCCAACGAAAACAUUCUUUAAGAUGUUAUCAGCAAGCUUAUCAGGUAUAUCGUGACAGAGGAUGGUCAUUAGCAGAAGAUCAUAUACACUUUACCAUUGGUAGGCAAGCAGCUUCUUUAAAGCAAGUUAAAGAAUCUGUCAAGGCAUUUGAAAAAUUAUUAAAUGCUAAUAGUAAACAACCAUCACUACAACAAGCUGCUUUUUUACGAGAAUUUUUACAUACUCAUAAUUUAUUACUUCAAGAAGAUGCUACGAAUAACCAGGAGCUUCCUGUAUUGCCUUUACCAUUGAUAGAUAGUAACAAGAUUAAGGUAUUAUAUGGGCAUUUAUGCGAAUCAACCGAAGAUAGUAGUAUUUCGGCGAGUCAUGUAUCAUUAGACGAUGAAGAGACAGACGAUGUAAGAUGGUCAAAGAUGGAAGAAAUACUUAUAAUCGAAGCUCAGGGAACACCACCUAUGAUAUUUAAGCCAUCCAUUAUAUUGUAUUCGAGUAUAAGUAAUAAUACUGUCAAACCAAAUGCCGUUUUGAAUGAACCAGUGCAUUUUUCUAUUGAAUUACAUAAUCCACUACAUAUACCAUUACCAUUAUCUAACGUAACUUUAUUGUGGUCAUUUACAUGUAAUGAUCAUUCUGUUACUAAUGAAACAAAUCUAUUGGAAGAAGGAUUGUCGGAAUCGGAACAACUGGUUGACACGCAAGUAAUCAAUUCGAUAAUAUUACAUCCAGUUUGUAAAGAACGUAUUGUAUUAUCUCUGACACCUAAGCAAGUAGGACAGGUCAAAGUUUUGGGUUUGAAAUACAACAUGUCUAAUCCAAUUCAUGCAAUGUUAGACGCACCUAUUACAAAUCCAAGCAUUUUUGUUGCUGGCAAACGAUUGUUCAAGAUCAAAGGACCCAAAUUAAAAAAUGUCAAAGAAAAGCCAGGCGUGCAAAUAUAUGCUGCAGAUUAUAGAUUAGAGAUGAGUGUCAUUAAAAAAGCUCCAUAUAUGCAGGUUUAUUUUAGCAAAUUAUCAUCUGAAAUGUUAUGCGGAGAAAUACAAAAAGUAGAAGUAACUUUAAAAAAUAUAGGAAAUGCGCCAUUAACAAAUAUUUAUCUUACUUCUGUCAAUGCUAAGUUAUUUUCAUUGGGAAAUGAGGAUGAACUUAAUGAAGAUUCAUCGAAGAAAAGCAAUAAAGCUGUAACAAAAGUUUUGCUAUCUUCAGAUAAAAAUAACAUUUUAAAAGUAGGUGAUGUUCAUAAGAUGCCAUUGUGGAUCCAAGCGCCUUAUAAAAAAGGAAGUCAUAGAUUAGAUUUACUUUUUUACUAUGAAAAUGUUGACUCUGAAAGUAUUAGUAUUCCAAGGCACAGAUUAUGCAGACACACGUGGCAUUUGGAAGUAUUGGAUUCGAUUAAAAUCAGAGCAAUCGCAUCAAAAAGUUCAGUAUUUAAAGAUACCUUACCGACAUUAAAUAUGAAAAUGUCAGUGAAGAACAUGAAUCAGAUUCAUGAUACUUUAAUUAAUGAAAUAUCAAUAUUAGCUGUGUCUUGCCAAAGUGACACUUGGUCAAUAUUUAAAUCAUCUGUCCCAACAUCUAAUAUUAUAAUACGGUCGCAGGAGAUAUUUCAUUUUUUGUUUAAAUUACAAAAGAAAUCUGAUAACUCAGCAGCAGCAGCAGCAGCAGCAGCAGCAGCAGCAAUAUUUUCAAAUGUAUCGAUAGAAGAGGAUACCAAAAACGAUGAAAUAUCGAAAAUAGAUUAUCCGUUCAUGAAUUUUGUACAAAAGAGAUAUAUUUUACCAUUGGAUAUAGAUGAAAAUGCAGCUGAUGUGCAAUUGCAAUUACAAGAAAUUAAUCAAAAGAAUAAGGAUCCUCUUUUAAGUACUAUGAUGAUGAAUUCGACUUUAAUUGUUAGAUGGAAAAAUAAGGUAAUAGAAAAUGGUUGUGUCGUUAGGCAAAUGAUUGGUCAGCAUCAUAUUGAUAUGAAAUAUUUGAAUGAAGUUUAUAAAUAUCCAAAAGAAAUACAAGUAGAACAAAGCGAAUAUUGUGGACGUUUGAAGAUAUUUGGACCAGAUAGGAAUAUACCAGAUUUAUCGAUAAUAAAUAAUAAAGAACAAUUAGUAGGAGUUGAUUUUCAAACGAAUGCAACUAUCUUCUGUAAAAAUGUAAUAACAUUUUCUUUAAGACAUUUACGACAAGGCGAGCAUAAUUUUAGAGAAAAUAGACUUUGCGUUAUACCAGUUACAAUGUACAUACAAAAUCAUCUACAAUCAAAAAUUGAUGUCAGAAUAAACACGAUCGGAACAAGCAGCGAUACUCAACUUCCAAGUAUUAAAACUCAACUUUACUCGCCGAAUGCUUCGACAAACUUCCGAUAUAUUAGUCAUUCGACAAUCAAUUGUUGCAUAGAGUCUCUCGCACAGAAUACUAUUAAAUUGCAAGCUAUAUUAUCAGCUCCUGGUACAUACAAUUUAGCAGCAAGAAUAGAAGUAUCUGUAAAAAUUGUAAAUAAUAGAGAAUUCAUUCCUCAAGAAUGGAAUAUGGAAAGUAUAUGCAUUAUGAAGAAUGCAGCUGUAUAAAAUUCAUUAUCGCAAUAUUAGGUAUCAUUGAGAUAACAAAUAUCACAUUGAUUACAUUGUUUAAUUUAAUUAAAAAUCAUUCCUUUGCCUCUA